AUGCGAGGAGUGGACGAAGCAGAACCACCAAAGACAGCGUCCCUGGCGCGCGCCGCUCCCCGAGCCAGCAGCGCCACCGUCGCCCCUCGAAGCCGCUGCUCGUUA